UGCUAAAGGCGACGAGAAGCGCGUUCGGGCGACGAUGAAGAGGACUGUGAACAAGUCCGUGUCGGACACGUCCGAGCUGCAGUUAAAAAUAAAAAAUAUCACAGAAGAAAACAAAAAACUUAGACAAACAGUAGAACAGAAAGCAACAGAAAUAGAGCAUUUGUUAGAACAACUUGGCGAAGACGUCACUGCCUACGAUCUAGGAGUGCGGUCUGCGGUCCAUAAGAAGGUUCUAGAACUGCGAUUAUCAGAUGUAUCUCCUAGCAAAUUAUCACGGUCUUCCGCGUCUGAUGGCGAAUGUACCUCCACCUAUUCCGAAAUUAGCGGAAUAACUAGUAUACUGGUAGAUUCCCCGCCUUCUGGUAGACAGACGAAGACCAGACUACUCACAGACCGAUUAAAACCGGAAAUCAUUGAGCUAGCUGACUUACGGUUUAAAGGUGGGGGCGUCAAAACAUGUAGUGUAUUAACACCUGCGGAGGAAGAAGAGGAUGACCCUUUUGGCGGGGUGUAUCUAGGACCGCCCGAUAGUUUACCGCCAAAGAAAACUGUACAAUUUAACAGCAUUUCUGACGGCAUCGCAAUGGAGGAACAUCCACUAGCAGAUAAGCUGAUCGGCACAAGACGGCGCCACGACUCGGAUUUAUCAUCGGAUACCGAACAUGACCGAAUGGAACAGCUGAACGUAGCUAGUCUCCAAGACCUUGAUGACGACAUCGACCCAACGAGAUCGCUGCUUUCAUAGCAUGCAUGUUUUGCGGCAUUACGGCCCGCCUUACGUCAUCAAAGCUAUUACGUGCACGGAGUCUUAACACCCCUCGCAACAUCUGGCCAAUCACAGAAACCGAAGAGUUGGAGUCGGAGGAGGCCGAUGAUACACGAUUUCCGUUGGACAACGACACGAAGUUGAAACCUUCCGACACAGACGGCAAAGAUGGCGACAAACUCAUGUGGGCCAUGCCCAAAAUUCACAAACGUCACAUGUCACAAAAGGUUGUGUUUACUUGUGAUAUUGUCGAGGACAUAUGAAGAACUCUUGUCGUGAUAAAGGUUCAAUAACACUAUGUGAAGUGCAGCAACGAUCUGAAGCAUCUAAUUCCACUGGUUAAAAACUUACGGUUAGCAAAGUGUUUUAGGUGCAUUACCACGACGCAAUGUUUAAUAGCGAUAUAUAAUUUAUGAGUUGAAAGGCCGAAUUCUGAGAUUAGUUCGGUGCUAACUUUUAGAAGCAAUACCAUUCUGCGAAUAGUCGAGAGCUAAAGGUACAUUAUCACGGUCCAAAUUGUAUGUAUUCGAUUUGACAGAGGAUGGCAAACGGGAAAUGCUCAGCUCGUUUCUACUGCCUUAUGGUUAGAGCAAUAAAAAGUGACGUCUCACCAGGGUCAAAGUUAAAGUUCAAAGUGCCCCAUACUUUAAAUAGAGCACCGAAUCCUGCCAUGCCCACCAUUUGUUAGAUACGUCACAAGACUUUCAGUAGUAAAGUGUUACAUGGCAUGUAAAUUCAUGGAAUUUGAUUGCAACUAUUGUUGUCCUGUUCAAUUAUUUAAACCUGUAAUAUUAGCAAAUAAACUAUGGCUUUAUUUCAUUUAUUCAUUUCAAUUAUUUUCGUGCUUAUAUCCAAUUAAGGUUCAAGCACGCUGUCCUCGGCAUACACCUCCGCUAUUUGGGCUGUAUGUCCAGGACAGUAGGUUAGUUGUAAGUGAGAAGAGGGUGUAGUGUUUUACCAACCUUAUGUCCGAUGGCUUAACCACGACACCACCGAGACCGGUCUAUGGCUUUAAACAAUUGAACAGGACACUAGUAUCAGUGUUUCGGGUUCUUCUGUGUUGAGCAACAUCAAACUAAGCAUGGCUAUUCUUUGGGAAAACUAGGGCUGUCAAGGACUGUUUCUGUUAAACUGGUAUCCAAAAACCGAGAGAUGUGUGCUGUCAUUUUCUUUGAUUAAUAUUACAGAAGUUCUGUCGUAUUUGUGUUAAUGGUCCGUGCGUUGAUAUAACGGUGAUACGAGGCAACUUUAAAGUCGGUAUGUUACCAAUGCUGUUCCUGAGAACCUAUAUUCGCUAAAUGGUCAACAGGUGCGUUUUGUGUCAUAAUAAGAAGUCGUUGACAUGUGUAACUCAUCUAGUUGUGUGUGGAAACAGAAAAGCCGCGCUCUCUAAAGUUAAUACUCACCCUGGAGUUGUUGUCAUGACAACAUUAUGUGGUUGGUGGUACCACCCUACGAACAUUUCUGAAUCUGACUACAAAUUUUUGAAGUUAUCUUAGCGCUAUCAAAUCGUAAAAUCAUCGUAGACUUCGACGUCACUACAACACACCCCAUUGUCUGCUACCGUUUUAGGAUAUCAUAGCGCUAAGAUAGCUUCAAAAAUCUGGUCCCUGGGUCAUGUUUUACGAAGCGAUCUUAGCGCUAAGAUAACCAUAAAUCCAUAUGGUAGCCAUGCGCUUAAGUUAAUCUUAGUGCUAAGAUCGCUUCGUAAAAUGGGGCCCUGGGCCCGGUAAUACAGAGCACUCAUAACACUUACGUCAGACGUACGCCACACAUUGUGUAUGGUGUACGUCUGACGUAAGUGUUACGAGUGCUUUAUGUUACCGGGCCCUGGCCUCUAGAAUCGAUGUGUGAAAGUUGGAAGACAAAGAUAAACUUUUGUUCACCAAAUCGGUAUUCUUGCGGAGAGACUAACUGUAUUCACCGAUUGCUGUUCUGUGUCUAUGCAUAUUAAUCAUACAUUUCUACUAUUUUUGUUGAGAAUAAGAUAGUAAUAAGAUAAUACUUAUGCUAAUACAAGUUUAAAUAUUUUGCCUUAUAUUGUUUGAAAAAUAGGUUGUAACAGAUUCUCUUCUGUUGAAAUAAUUUGUUUUGUUAAAAUUAAAGCUGCAAUAUCGAGUAUAUAUUUGUAUUGCUUAACUAUUUAGAAAAGAUCUACUACGUGCAUUAAUUGUCUUCCUUUAAAUAUGCUAUUAUUCGGCAUCCCAGAAGGCGUGGAGCUUCUUUUGUUUUGGAGUGUAGAUUAGAGCAGUGCAGUGUGCUAUAUUCAAAUGUAGUGAAAACAUACGAAUAGUUAUGUUUGUAUCUGGGAUUUUAGGAUAAGAAUAUCGAGAUUGCAAAUUUAAUAGCAGAAGAAUCAACAACCCUGUGUUUUCAAAACAUGUUGUGCUACGGCGACAAAACAGGAUUUUAGGGAUCUGCAUGAUUUUGUUAACCGUUGAUUUGUAGAAUAUGUUGCUUUGUUUUAAGACCAAAAUUUUUAAUUGAUUGGUCAUGAGGUAAAAUAAAAUUAGGAGUUAAAAUAGUUUAUAUACACCCGACAUACAUGUCAUCAAUGGCUUUCGGCACCGAUUUAAAAUUUGGUUUUGAUUUCAUUGUUUCAAUUAUUAUUAUUAUGCUCUGGCUAAACGAUCUACGAUUCAUUAUAUAUGUUUUAGAAUUCCAAAUUUACCUAGCCGAAUGACAGACUUGGUAGAACCAGACUCGGACAGCCAAUCGAUCACGCUCGAUGUUACGACAUUUGGGCGUAAUCAAAACUAGUAUUAAGAUGCCGAUCUAGCAAUAUUUUGCGAAAACAAACCCAGAAUCCGAAACCAUACAAAGUUGUUACUACGACGCACACAUGUACAAUGUCUGCCAUUACCAGCUUUAUUUGGGUUGUGUACUUUCUUGAUUCAUGUUGUGUACAAACACAGGGCCGUAGGAACCUGGGGAGGGGCAUGCAGAUCUCAACUUUUAAUGGGAGCUAGCACUUCCGAUCCCCCAUCACUCCCCUAUGACUAUAUUAAGGAGUAAUUUUUAGCUCCUCUUAGCAUGUGAAUGUAUAUGGUUUCAAUAUGGUAUUAUCUUAAAUGGCUCCCCAUAAUCUAAGUUAGGGGAGCAAUUAAUCACUCACCUUAAUUUUGUUUCACAGCUACAUCUGGGCAUACUCCCCACACUUGAGGCGUACAAUAUUUACGUUUUUGUCUUAUUUUUUUUAUAUAAUUCAAAACAAAAUGUGCUUAUACCAAAAAUCCCCCCCCACCUCAUCCCACCUGGCUCCAGCC